AUGUCAAAUAACAAUAGUCAAUCUUACGUUAGUGAUAUGCAUGCUUCACUUAAUGCUACUACAGUAUAUCAUCUCAUAAAAAAUGGACUGAAAGAGGUCAAAGAAAAGAGCGCUUCUAUUCAGCUUAAACUCGAACAAUUUUGUGGAAGAAGCAAAUCACGCAAAUUAGAAGUCGCUACUGUUUUGUCUAGUAAUUCGUACAAUAAUGAAUCAUACCGUAAUCACAUUGAGAUUAUAUUCAAUUCAAAUUUCCAUAGCAUGGAAUACAACAAUUUGAGUAGUUUCUUGGCAGAAUUUAUAGAUGAUCUCAAUGCUUUUCUUCGAAACAGAUUCGACAUAGUGCAGUAUGGGAGAAGUAUUGAGGCCCUUUAUUGCUCCCACAUGGAUGAAAGCCAGUGUUGGAAUGGAUCAACUUUUGGUCGGUAUAUGCGCAAAGUUCCAGAAUUUAGUGUGAAAGGUCAACUGAAUAACCCGGAGGUGAAAAUAACCAGUGACGAACUAAUGUCACAGAUAUUUCAAGCGAAAAAUAAAAGAAAGGAUCCUCCUAAGGUGUUCAUGAAUAAUGAUAUUUCGUCAUCUGACCGAAAAGCCAAUCAGAAUAAGCGAAAUGGUGAAAAUUUACAUGUUAGAGAAUCAAGUGGCAUGCAUCCUCAAUUUCUUUCCACCGACCUGGAUUUACCUAAAAUGGAACUAUAUAUUUCUGAAUCUAAACCAUCGGAACCCUAUAGUCAAGGUGAACAUCGACCAGAAGGUGUAACUUCUGAUGCUCUAUCAGACCAAAUUGUAGUUCAAGGGUGUUUCAUGGAUGACGAAGAUUGCGAUUUACAUUUUUCUGAUACUCAUAUAGAUGAUCAAAACAAUAAUGAGCAAUACAAUUUGUCCAGUGGGAAUGCGUCCCAUAACUACUUGCUUCAAUCAAAGGAAAAUGCACAAGAUGACUGGCAGCAUGGAAACAACUUGACAGAACCUACGCAAGAAAAUGGUACGAAUGUAAAGCGUCUCGUGAACUCUACAGAGCUUAAUAACGCAACAACUUUUCAACUACCAGAAAGUACGGCUUCGAACAAUGAAAAAUCUUUCUUUGUGAUUAAUUUUGUCUGCAUUUUCUUGUCGAUAGCAUUUCGAAUGAAUAUUAAACUUUGA